AUGCCUGCGCGCCAAGUGUCGUCGUCGCCGCCGCGCAUCACCAAAUUCACCAAUUGUCGCAUCCUCAAACACAACCGCCUCGUCGAACAAGACCUCUGGAUCGACUCGUACUCGGGCAAGGUGCUCAAGGACCAAGAGGCCUUCUAUGAACUGCAACUCUCGCCCGACCAGGUCAUCGACCUGAACGGCCGCAUUCUGGCCCCGGGCUUUAUCGACGUGCAGCUCAAUGGCGCCCAGGGCUUUGACUACUCGGUGCCCCAGGCCACACGCGAGGAGUACGAUGCGGCGUUUAUCGCGUCGAAUCGCGGGCUCAUCAAGACUGGUGUGACUUCGUUUCUGCCUACAACUGUCAGCACGACGGCCGAGAAUUACCAAAAGGUCCUCCCAUCUCUCGCUCCUACUGGAAAGCGUCGCCCCGAAGACGGUGCAGAGUCCCUGGGAGCCCAUGUCGAAGGACCCUUCAUCAACCCGUCUCGCAACGGGAUUCACAAGCCCGAGGUCCUCUUGUCAUCCACACAAGGCUUCCAAGACAUCAUCAACUGCUACGGGCUUGAAAACAUUCCUUCAAUCCCCACCAAGAACGACAUCAACAACCAAGAAGACGAAGAAGAUGUCCCAACGCCCACCCCAGCAACGCCAAUUGCCAAAUCCCUCCAAAAGGGGCGUUAUUCCAGCGGUCUCCCUCACCACGCGCAUCGCUACCCUACCUCCAACGGACCGCGACCAGCAAUCAAAAUGAUCACGGCCGCGCCGGAAGUCGGGACCAUGAUCGAGAAUAUCAGCGAGCUCUCCUCGCGCGGCAUUGUCUACUCCAUCGGUCACUCAGACGCCACCUACGAACAGGCCAUGGCAGCCGUCGGCCAAGGCGCGAUGAUGAUCACGCACCUCUUCAACGCCAUGCGGCCCUUCUACCACCGCAACCCCGGCGUAUUCGGACUGCUAGGCCAAAGCGACCUCCCCAAACCCUACUUCGGCGUCAUCGCCGACGGCAUCCACCUACACCCAACCUCCAUCAAGAUCGCGUACAACGCGCACAGCGAGGGCCUCAUCCUGGUCACCGACGCAAUGCGUCUAUGCGGUCUGCCAGAUGGCGUGUACGAUUGGACCAACGGAGACCGGAUAGUGAAAAAGGGUGCGCGGUUGACGCUCGAAGGCUCCGAUAAGAUUGCCGGUAGUUCGGCGACGUUGAUUGAGUGCGUGAACAAUUUCCGUCGCUGGACGUCUGCUACUACCGCCGAGGCGCUGAAUGCGGUCACGUUCAGGCCGGCCAAGAUGUUGGGUCUGGAGACGGUCAAGGGCACGCUGGACCACGGUGCGGAUGCCGAUUUGGUCGUGUUGGGAGAAACGGUGGAUUCGUAUAGUGGGCCGACAUUGACGGUUGACCAGGUGUGGAAGUUUGGGAUCAAGGUGUUUGAUAGUUCGGAGGUGACGACGGUUUAG